CUGGUAGUGCUGCACUGGUACAGAUUUCGUUUAUGAGAGAGUCACGUGACAGCUAGUGUAAUAUUUAAUAGCAAUACCGAGGCUCAAGUGUUUCAACUUCAUACCUUGUGUCGUUACGAAAAUAACCAAUUCAGUUACACUUUUGCUAAAAAACAAGAAGAUGUCAACAGACCUGAAAAAGAUUAGUGCUGGGUUCAUUGGUGCAGGCCACAUGGCCCAAGCAUUAGCCAAUGGAAUGCUAAAAGCAGGUUUACUCAAACCUAAUCAAAUCUGGGCAAGUGCACCUACUACCACCAAUUUAGAAACAUUCAAGGAUAUGGGAUGUCAUAUAACACAUGCAAAUGAAGAUGUUGUUUCAGCAUGUACAGUGAUAUUCCUCUGUGUUAAACCUCACCUAGUGAGUCAAGUUCUGAAGAAACUAGAAGAGAAAAAUGCCAUACAAUCACAUCAUCUUAUUGUGUCUGUUGCUGCUGGAAUUUCGAUUCAAUUUAUGGAAAAAUUACUGCCAGAAAAAACACGUGUAAUUCGUUCCAUGCCAAAUACUCCAUCAUUGGUUCAAGUAGGUGUCUGUGGGUAUGCCCGAGGAACAUACGCUACUGAAGAGGAUGCAACAGUGGUUAGCAACUUGAUUGGGUCGGUUGCAAUGUGUGAAAUUGUUCCAGAAAAUCUCAUUGAUACUGUAACAGGCCUGAGUGGAAGUGGUCCAGCAUAUGUCUAUACAAUUAUACAGGCUAUGGCUGAUGGAGCAGUUAAGAUGGGUCUUCCACGUUCAUUAGCUGUUAAAUUUGCUGCUCAAACUGUUCUGGGUGGGGCAAAAAUGGUACUAGAAACUGGUCGACAUCCUACUGUUUUGCGAGAUGAAGUUUGUUCACCAGGUGGCACUACCAUUUAUGGUGUCUGUGCUUUGGAAGAAGCAGGCUUAAGAACAGGUUUGCUUCGAGCUGUUGAGGCAGCUACCUUGAGAGCUAAGGAGCUGGGAAAUGCAUGUAGUAAUAAUGAAAACUAAAUUAUUAUGAAAUCACCUAAUGUUAUUCUGCAAACUGGAUUAACGUAGCUUAUGUGUGUGUGUGAAACUCUUUACACUUAGAAGGAUAACAUUUUUAUGUCAGAAGUAUCAACUUGGGAUCUUAACUUACUCUAAAAUAAUGUUAAAUUAUUAUUCAAAAAUGAUUUAUAAAAGUAGUCAUGCAUGAUCAUGGGAUAAGCAUAUAGAAUUAUCAAAAGAAAAUUUUGUAAUAAAUUAAAUAUUUUUCCUUUCUAUAUCUGAUAUUAUUCUGAUUAUUUUCUAUAAGUAAUUAAGGUAUAUAUAUAUUCCUAGGCGGGUAUUAAUAUGUUUUUUCUAAAUUAUAGGAUAAAUUAGAACAAAUACAAACUGUAUUACUUGGCUGAAAGUAGCCAGUGAAAGAACUUGUCUAUGUAACUGUUUUCUAUCACAUUUAUAUCCAUUUUUAAAUUGCAAGAUAGAAAAAUAAAUCAGACUUCAAAGAAAGACAUCUACGAGUUAAGUGUUAAUUGGAAAAUGAUUAGGAAAAAGUAAGUGUUAACUUUGAAGAACUGCUUGAUUUAUAUAUACUUCCACAAAACCAAGAAAAAUAUAGUCCUUAUUGAAUUUUAUAUUGAAAAAAAAAAAUAUGUAUUUCAUCUAAAACAUCAUUAUUACAGUUAUAAAUAAUUAUAAGUGGAAAAACGAUGAAAGCUAUUUAUUAUUUCUUUUAACAAUAAUUGGAUUUAAGUUUUACUUCUUUACAUACUUGAAUUGUGCAUUCCAGCAUCCUUAUUUACAUUAAUAUUUGAUUCAUUUUGCUCCUGUGUUAAAAAAGUGUUGACUUAACCAUUGAUUAAUGGACUUCAUUUAUCACUAAACUUCACUGGAGAGCUGUGCAUUUAAAAUGAAAGUUCCAGGUACGUCGGUUGUAUUUUAUUAAGACUUAUCACAAAAAUAUCCUGAUUAUUAAAAACAAACCAUCAUGCAUUCAACUUACUGCUCAACCAGAAUAGAAUCUAACACAAACAUGGACCAAUCAGCACAGCAAGACAAAACCAGCUUAUAACUGUAUGCAAGAAAUAGUUUGUCAUUUUGAGGAUUUUAUUGUUUGUCAGUGACACCUUCCUUUGAGUAAGAAUUUCAAUUUCAGUUAGACAUAGAAUACUCCAAAUAAUUAUAGUGUAUUAUAAUAAUAAUUCAGCUAACUUUACUACUUCAGUACAUGGUUUCUCAAUAACUUCUGAUCAAAGUAACCUAUUUACUUAGAAGAGAACUAAAAAUUAAGUCAGUAAAUAAUGUAGGUAACUUAAUGUGCCAUCCUAAAUAGGAGUAUGCAGUUUCACAAAACAGACUUAUAGUACAUUGAUUCAUGAAUUUGGCUGUAAAUGUAUCUAAUAUGCUGUAGUCUAUCACACAAGUUUAACCAAUAAUCUACAAACUGUUUUCCAGGGAAAUUCUAGUGUCAGUAUAUACUUCUUCCAGUUAUUCCAAAAUGAGCAAGGUUUAAAGGUCAUUAUAAAUUAUGAACUUUGAACUACAAGAGAUUUCAAUGAAAUAAAAAAUGUGUUUGUGUAUAAUUCUUGCAGACCUCUAUUGUGAUAAGGUUUAUUUGUUCAAAAGUAAUUUUUAUUAAAACUUUUUAUAUUUUUUGUUCUUUUCACUCCUAU